CCAAGGGGUGUACACACAUGAUCCGUUGAUAGAGGUAGCUAGUUCUCUGUGUAAAUCAGUUGUGCGCUGACUUCCAGUUUAUAUUUUGGGAGUGUGGGGGAAGAAUGAAAGAGGUCUUCCACCAAAACGGACGAAAUCAUGAACGGCGCCGUAUACAUUUCGUUUUUUCAAGGUCAGCUGGAAUCUGCACUAGAGCAAGUAGUGCAACUCGCAGUCCAGGAAAUAACCAAGACUGUUGGGUCAAGCUUGAGUUCUGUGUUAAUGAAAACGGCCGUCAAAGAACAAGAAAACCAACGACUUAAGUUAAAGCUUAAAUCACUGGAGUUCGAAUGUAAUGGUGUAGAAAAUGGAGCCGCGUUCAACGGUGGCAUGGAAGACAACGCGGCCACGGAUCGAACAAAGCCCGAGACACACACCCCCAGCCACGGCACAGAGCGCGGCGUGCACGCAAACACUCAAAGACUGGAUCAAAAAGGACGAGUAGUGGGGCAGCUAAAGAUGGUCAUGGAGCAUGUGCUGGAGUUUGCUGUGUGCGAGUUGACCAAAAUCGUGGAGGCCAGUUUCGACGACCUGCUCCUGGAGAUGACCAAGAAAGAGCGGGAGCACAGCGCUCUGGAGGAGCAGUUACGCCGUGUGGCUCACCGGGAGAACGGGAAAGGUGGAGUGUCGAGGAGGUGUGGGUCGGAAAACACAGCAUUUCCCAGCGGCUCAGAGGACACUAGGCAGGAAUCCAGAAACGUCACAGUCAAAAUUGUCCGGGGACCAAGGGAGCAAACGGAGACAACAAAUGACAGUGACAAGCAGGCUGUCCUGACUGUAGCCCAGGACUGGGUCCCCAUCCUGGACAAGGUGUUUGGGCAGAAGUGGUGCAGCGACCUGUGGCAAAUCAAAGAGCUGGCUUCAGGGAAAGGGGGUGAGGAGAGGACCGGGGGGAUCUGGGCUGGGGAUUGUGGGCUCCUUCCCCAGUCUGAACGCCCUGAUCCGUGAGAACCUGGAGCCCACGCCCACCAUCCCCCUGCAAGACCCCCAGUGGAUGCCUCUGGAGGACAUGGAGGUACUCUCCUCGACCUUGGACACUCCGCAAGACCCUCCUGCUUCCAUAAGCACCACAGCCACAGUUGAGGAGUCCCUCAGGUCUCCGUCGAUGCUUCACCGGCUCCUCACACUCCCCGCUCAGCUCCUAGAGGAAGACGAGAACACCAUGGAAACCAUCCCCCUGCUCCCCGACGCUUCACCUGGCAGAGCAGCUGUGCGCCGGCAAAACACAGAAUCGCCCAACCAGAGCUGCCCAUCUCCUCCCAAGAAAAGGGUUGCUGUUUCACAGGAGGAGGAGGAAGACGAAGAGGACGAAGAGAAGGAAGACAAAGGGACAAUGACGCUGGACUCAAAGGUGAAGACCGUGCCUCUCAAAGGCAGGAAGGGUUACGAGUGUAAAGAAUGCGGCAAGAAGUUCAGCCGAGCGCCGCUCCUGAAAGCUCACCAGCAGACUCAUAUCAGCACAGCACUGGCGACGACGACAGCAAACUGCUGUUCCGAGUGCGGGAAACACUUCUCCCAGGCAUCCCGGCUACAGGCGCACCUACGAACACACACUGGGAAAAAGUCUUGAGCAGAUGGAAAAGGGAAUUGGAAGAUUAAAUAAAUUUAAAAAAGAGAAUUUGGAAUCUAAGUCGAUCUUCAGUCCAUAUCUCACAUAUAGCCAUAUCAGUAGCAGGAGGGUCACCGGUACUCGAGUUCAUACAUUUGAGUUCACUUUUAAGUACCGUAAGUCAGGAAUCGGGGGCAUUUUUUCCAGGUACAGUUUUGCUGACUGCUGUUUCUUAAUUGUUACCACCAUUUUGAUUUCUUACAUGUGGCGACAAGGUAAAUACUUUAAUGAUUUGGGAUUGGAUCUCGCUGGUAGUUGUGUUUAGAAUGUAUCGCCAUUGUACAUUCUCUAUAGCAUGGGACAGUGGCGCUCACAACAAAACAACGAAGUUACAUUUUUAAGUGAUCUUUUCACUUUUCUCAAUAUACUUUUCUACGUUUUUGGAAUAUCAAACUGGUCUCUUUGCUUUAUUAUUUCACAUCAAGGUUAUUUGCUAUACCGGAGGCCAUGAUCUUGGCUUUUGUGGACUGCAACUUCAAUGAACAUUACACUGAUUUGUGAGAAUUGUAUCUUUCAGUGGCAGAAGCGUUGUCUCAUCUUCUUCCCAGUGCUACAAGCAGUGACUCGAUUUCAAAGGGCGUAUGUGCCCAAGAUAAAGGGGGAGAGAGACAGACUGCUGGAGUCAAUAGCAGAGGUAAUACCUUUGUUUUGCUUACCUCUGAAUGUGGAAAGAACCUGGUAUUUAUCUUUACCUUCUUCAUGCAAUUCACUAUUUACAGUCCUCACUUGACAGUAUUUUAAUUUUUUCACUCAACAUAAAUACCUCCUUUAAACAGUCAAAUAAUAAGUUUGAUAAAGGUAUUGUUACAUUGGUAGCCCUUUUUUAAAAUAAAGAACCACAGAUUCAGAACAAUUCGGAACAUCGUGCAAUUUACUGAAUCACAAGUCUACAGACCUCUAGUUGAUGACUAGCAUAAGCUGUGUGACGAUGACAUGGCCCUCUUGGGUUUUUCUACAUCCUAUCCAUGUCUGCCCUAGGACCAUUCCUGACAAGUCUACGAAGAUAAAGUGGGGGAAAGAAUGGGAAUCUCGCCCUCGUGCUGAUUGUGCAAGCUGGGUUUUCAAGUGUCAUGGGAAGUAGAGAAAUACCACAUUGAUGAAACACACUUUUUGGUUUGUUUUAUUGGUCUUGUUUGACCUCCGGAUAAGUCAAAUGGAUGUGGAGCAUCUGAUUGGACAUCAAGAAUAUUGUUUCUGCUCAUAUCACCAUGCCUAACAGAAUACUUUGUUGGAACAUAAAAUAUUGAAGGGAGGGGCAUUCUAA